AUGUCGUACUUCUUCACGACACCGGUCGACAUCGACGUCGUCCUCGAGGACACGGAUGACCGGUCCAUGGUCGACGUCAAGCUUGACAAGAACAGGCGCGAGAAGGCGCCGCUUUUCAUGGACGGCGAGUCGGUCAAGGGCGCAGUCACAGUCCGACCAAAGGAUGGGAAGCGCUUAGAGCACACGGGCAUCAAGGUCCAGUUCAUCGGCACCAUAGAGAUGUUCUUCGACCGUGGCAACCACUACGAAUUCCUCUCCCUCAACCAGGAGCUCGCCGCGCCCGGCGAGCUGCAGCACCCCCAGACCUUUGACUUCAACUUCAAAAACGUCGAGAAGCAGUACGAGUCCUACAACGGCAUCAACGUCAAGCUGCGCUACUUUGUCCGCGUCACCGUCUCCCGCCGCAUGGCCGACGUGAUCCGUGAAAAGGACAUUUGGGUGUACAGCUACCGCAUCCCUCCUGAGGUCAACAGCUCUAUCAAGAUGGACGUCGGUAUCGAGGACUGUUUGCACAUUGAAUUUGAGUAUUCCAAGAGCAAGUACCAUCUGAAAGACGUUAUUGUUGGCCGCAUCUACUUUUUGCUGGUGCGCCUCAAAAUCAAGCACAUGGAGCUGUCCAUCAUCCGGCGAGAGACGACGGGCGCCGCGCCAAACCAGUACAAUGAGAGCGAGACGCUAGUGCGGUUCGAGAUCAUGGACGGAUCACCAUCCCGAGGCGAAACGAUCCCCAUUCGGCUGUUCCUUGGUGGCUUCGACCUGACACCCACGUUCCGGGACGUGAACAAGAAAUUCUCCACACGAUACUACUUGAGUCUUGUGCUCAUAGACGAGGAUGCUCGCCGCUACUUCAAGCAGUCAGAGAUCAUCCUCUACCGCCAAUCGCCCGACGCACCCCAGCUGCAAGGCGCAGGCACCCACUCUCUCCCAGAGAAUACAGAGAAUAAGCUUGCUGCUGUCCAGGCGCCAGCCUGA